CUCCUGGUCUCUUUUUCCUGCAGAGAAACUUAAAGAUAGUCUCGCGUUUGUCCUCUUGAUUAUUUCUUGGUAACAGAAGGAAGGUGAAACCGCGAAGCCAAGUCACACAAUGCAAUUGUUGUGCCAGUCGUGACCAAAUGGAAGACACACGGGGAACAGGUGCACUUAUUCGUUUCGGCGCUGUACGCGGAGUUUCCAGAAGGUGGUCAAAACUGUCUCACUUGUUUUGUUGUCGGAAUCAACGUCCUAUAACCGUCGCCAGCGAUUUGACAGUACUAUUUAUGCCUCACUCAACGUCUCAUCGUCACCGAUGACACGGAGAUAAGUCCAUUUCCGCAUAAGUCGCCAUACCAGUGCGCUCAGAAGGUGGAUCUACAAAUAACUUAGGGAAUCGAAGCGCCGCCUGGGAUCACGAACCUUUAGUGUCGGCCCCGACAUCCGAGUACGGGCCCAUAAGGGAAUACGUUCAUCAAUAGUUGAGAGGACCCCAAUCUUUGCCUUUGGUCUGCCUUUACCUUGAUCAUUGGUGAUCAGACGCCAUCUGUAGCUCAUGGCCAGGCUUGAUUCUGCUGCCGCCAAUACUAUGCUCAAUGAACACAACGUCGAAGUUUCUCCAACACCUACGAUCAGGUGUGACACCGCAGGCGAAUAUACAGUUGAUUUUGACGACAACGAUCCACGAGACCCUGCAAACUUCUCGUACCGGAGGAAGUGGAUGAUCACGUUGGAUGCCUGUCUCUUCACGGCCUUGGUUGGCGCUGCCGCUUCCUCUUUCUCGAUGGGAUACGAUAGCAUGAUAGUCGAUCUGAACUGCACGCAAUUCGAAGCAACCGUUGGGCUAUCGCUCUAUGCUCUGGGAUUCGGCCUCGUGCCGCUUGUCACGUCGUCUUUCAGCGAAGAGUUCGGAAGGCAGCCUUUGUACGUUGUAUGUUCAUUCGUGUUCAUGCUUACACAGAUCAUGAUUGCACUGUCACGUAAUAUACAAACGGUGAUCAUCGCACGAGCUCUUGGUGGGGCAUUUGGGUCUACUGGAGCGACCUUGGUGGGAGGAUCGAUAGCAGAUAUUUGGCGACCCCAUGAACGUGGCUUGCCGAUGGCACUAUUUGCGUUCAUGGCUGUCGCGAUGACCGGUCUAGGCCCUGCCAUUGCCGGUUGGAUAUCAGCCAACCCGCAUCUUCAAUGGCGCUGGAUACAGUGGAUAUCGGCGAUGUUCACAGGCGUCUACUUCAUCUCUGUGCUUGUAGUGAUGCGAGAGACUCGGUCAUCCAUUAUACUUGCGCGGAUAGCGCAGCAAUUGCGCAAGGAAUCUGGCGACAAUCGGUACCGUUCUAGAACUGAGACGGAGCGGCUGAGCCUGUUGACGCUCAUCAAAAUGUCAUGCACCCGACCUAUAUACCUUCUUAUGACAGAGCCAACCGUGCAAUGCUUUAGCUUAUGGAUAGGCUUCACCUGGGGAGUCGUCUUUUGUCUCGUCGAGUCCGUUUCGCCAGAGUUUCAAUCAAUCUACCACUUCGGCCUCGGGGAAACUGGGUCAGUAUUUGUCACCCUCAUCGCAGGAAGCUGUAUCGGGUUCUGUCUCAACAUAUACCAAGAGAAGCUAUACGCCAAAUACUACCCCGUGAAGAAACAAGAAGCACGUCUCUACCUUCCAUGUGUGGCUGCACUGCUGUUCCCCAUCGGCAUGUUCAUAUAUGCCUGGACCGCGUCGCCUAAUAUUCCGUGGAUUGUGCCCGUGAUUGGACUAACGAUCUUCAUGACGGGCGCCUUCGUUGUAUACUUGGUUGUCUUCCUUUACCUUGCGGAUUGCUACGGAACGUGGGCUUCUUCGGCGCUCGCUGGACAAAGCCUUUGUCGGAACCUCGCCAACUUUGCCUUUCCUCUCUUCACUCAGCAAAUGUACGCCCGCCUUACGUACCACUGGGCAAGCACUCUUCUCGCAUGCCUGAGUUUACUUAUGAUUCCGAUCCCUUAUGCCUUGUUUUUCUAUGGAUCUGCAAUCCGAAGGCGGAGUAAGGUAUCGAAGAAAUUGUUAGAGGCCGACGAAGCGAGUGUAAAGCGAGACAACACCAGGGAAGAAAAGCCGCAGCAGGCAUAGAUGCAGGGGGAAUCUUUGGCGUGUUUCUUUAGAUUAGUAGUGUAGAAUGAAAAACGGUUAUUAGAAUAUUCCAUACCCAGGCUACAUUACCUGACGUUCACUUUUUCUCCCUGUAUCACCCGUGCGCCUAAAUCAGCCUAGGGUUACUCCCUUAAGUAGUCUCUCCGUUCUAUAGACGCGACGAGGCUCUGCGACAUUGUUUCGUAAAUUAGUAGUAUAGAAUCAAAGACAGGCUUUACAAGAAUCUCCAUACAGGGUCACAUUACCUACAACAUUCAACCUUCCCUCUUAUAUCACCAUGGCACCUACUAUGCCAACCCAGCGCCCUUCAACAACCCCUCCGUCUCGAUACAUUCGUCCGGAUGACGGAACACGCGCAGCACGACGCCAGGAGGGAGCAGUGCCCGCGCGCGGUACACGCGUGCCUGCAGCUCGGCGCGCUUCCGCUCGCCCUCAGACAAGGGCGGCGACCGCCGGCCGCUAGGCGUCUGCAACCCUGAAUGAUACGCAUACGUGCCACCAGAGUGCGUCGUCUGACUCGACGAGGAGACAGACGUGUUCGUGCUCGACAGACUCGCUAGCGAGGACGACGAGUCCGAGGGGACACUGUCCAUCGGCGGCGCAUACGAGCGCGGCUCAGCGAACAUCGACCCUGACGGCCCGGGGACUGCCGUGUCUCCGUUGGCAGAGACCGGGCCGGCGCCGGUCCCGGCGCGCGAAGGGACGCCGAGCUUGGCCAGCGACAGGGGGAAACUGCGUCCCGCCUUGGGCUGCGCCUGCCCAAAUGCCUGCUCGACCUCCGCGUCCGACAGCGCCCGCUUCGACGGCGAUCCACUCUCCCAUCCUCCACCGUCGGUAGGGGAGGUGGCAGCGGUGGAACCCCCUCCCUGCGAAUAUGAAUAAUCAAGUCCGCCUGGCAUGUAACCAGAUCCAGGAACAGGCAGCGGCGUGUGCAGCGUCCCGCUAGGCAGGUACGAACCAGUUGGGUCCGCGAGCGGGGGCACGUUUGGCCCACCCACGUCGCGGAUGAAGAUGGCGGCGAUCUGCCCGCGGUGCGGGCGGCGCCGGGCCUUCUUCUCUUCUUUCUCUGCCUUCUUCUCGGCUUUGCGGUCUGCCCUGUCGGAGAACUUCUCCGCAUUCAAUCUGUUGAUUUGGUCUAACGACAUCUGCGACAUGUCAGCCUGGACAUGUGUCUGCGACUGCGAUAUCAUCUUGGGAGGCUCGGGAGACCGUUCGCGCGCGAGGUCGGAGUAGAGUUCAAGGUCUUGCUCUCCCGAAUCGCCGAUAAGGACGAAACGGGAGUCCGGGAAGGCCGUGAGCACCUCAGCGACGUUUGCACGCUUUCGCUGAGAGGGCGCAGAGAGAAGACCAUUGAAGAGGGUACGGCCAGCGUAUGACUUGAGGCGUAUCGAACCAUUUGGAAGUCCCGACACAUCAAAGAACUGGAGAAUCAAGGGCAACAACUCGUACGGUGAGUUUGAGACGUAAUGUACGCCAACGCCCGCAUCCGCCAUCCGCUUAUACCACGCGCCCAUCCCAGGUAAGACAGCGCGCUCAAGGUCGUGAACGAACACAUUCUGGAAAAUCGCCCUGGCGCCGAGGUUGACAUCCGCGCGCUUGACAGUAUCGUCGAUAUCUGAGACUAACCGAAGCGGCGUGCUGUGUAGCGGCGUGUACAGUGUCGUACGGGCAGCCUUGGACUGCGAAGAUGGCGGAGGGAGUAUUGAAGACGCCGAUGAAAGUGAUGAAGAAGUUGCGUGAUUGGACUGGCUAGAGGUGAAGUAGCCCGGUGGGAGGCUCGGUGAGGGUGAAGAAUCAGCAGUCGAAGCGGAAGACGAAGUCGAUGGGAACGAAGCCAAGGGAAUGGGGUUAGGCGCCCGUGGAGUGUCGGCGCUUACGUGCGCCGUCGAGUUCGACGGAGUAGGCGUCAUUGGGGCAGCUACACGCGUCGGCGUCGGCGUAGCCACGUCCCCACCAGCGGUAGUCGAUUCUGACGAUACCCUUGAUAUCCCUGCGGGAGGCGGAGGCACGAAACCAGCCCCGGACCCCGAAUUCGAGCGGGACGAAGGGUGCCUCGGCGGUGGACCGAAGCGCUUCGCCGCCGAGACUGGCUGCCCAUCGACCAUGGGCACUGGCGGCUCAGGCGGCGGCUGCAAGUUCGUCACAGUCCGGGGUGGUACGCUGCGCGGUACAUACGGCGCUGCACCCGUAGACGCUGGCGGAGCGACUUUUCCGACAAUAGGCGCCGGGAUGAGCUCUGCGACGACUCUGAGCCCGACACCGUCCUCGAACCCGCGCGCCUGCGCGAAGGCAAGGCGCGAGCCUGCCGGGUCGGUGCAGAGCAUGUCCCAGGGCACGACGAGGCGCGUCGUGAACGCGCCGUCGCUGGAAGUUGAGAGCGUGCGCACCACCAAGGGGUCGUUCAGCAGCUCUUCCUCCUCUUCGCGGCUUGUGUAGUGUGACUCGUGGCUUUGGGACGAAGCGAAGGAUUUCGCAGACCUUGGAGUUUCAAGUGAUGGAUGGGCGAAGUCGGGCGAGGGUGCAGCGAGCACGGCUCCGGUAUCAUCAGGCGUGUCAUCCUCUGGUAUUAGUGGCGGAUGCGAUGAAGAUGAGGAUGAGGAUGAAGUGGCAUGAGGAGGAGAAGGCGGACGCGGUGCGGUGGCAUAUACGCAUAUACGCACGGUGCGGGCCGUGAGCGCGCUCGCCCAGAAGGGACGCAGGCGCUCUUCGAGCGUCGCGUGCUGCCGCUCCACUUCUGCUUUAAUGAUGGUGUUCGGGCGGAAAGGGUCGGUUGCUGUAGGGAGUGGUAUUGGCUGUGGGGGCGGUAUCGAUGAGCCAGUACCAGACCUUGCUCUUGCGUUCGGGAAAGAAGUGGAUGUUGGUGGUGCAGAUACCGGGGGGAGAACAUAUGGAGAAGUGCCCGGGGUAGUUGGUUCGCUGCCAGCCUCGCUUCCCUCCGAGCCGUGCACACUCCCCGAGUCGCUGUCUCUUCCAUGGGAUGCCCGGAACUCGCGGUCGAGCGCUCGGACGACAAGGUCAUGGUCUGGUGCGCCAUCGCGGUCGCCCUGAGCAAACGGGUCGCCGCCGUAAUCGUCUGUGAUAGCGUCUGGACGUGGGGGAAGGCUAAGAGCAAGACCGAGUGCAGCAGCUUCGGCAUCAGCGCGUUCUUGGAGUUGAGCGAGCUCUGCGGCUGUCGCAUUGGAGGAGAAAUAAUCCAGCACCAUGCCCUCUCGUGACGAUUGGCCUGGGGCAGGCAGUUUAGGAAGUGCGGCGAAACGUUUCGCAACCCGCAAGAACGCCCUCUGCGACCUCGUCAGCGACCCAUGCGCCGUUGCAUACCCCGACACGAAGAUCUCCAAGUCGAACGGCUCGAACGGUGCUUUGUCAUUCGACUGUGGUGAGAAUCGAUGUGGAUUGACGUCGUGAUAUCGUUUGGCAGCCCAACCCGGGAAGAGGACAACCUCCUCGAGCACGCCAGCAGCGCUCAUGCUACCAUCCGCGUUGACAGCAACGACGGCGCCCGUGCCGCGGCGUAUCUUCUGCCCUGCCCACUGACGCGCACUUUCCCACCGUCCACCGUUGCCCCCGUUGCUGGUCUCGCUCCCUCCGUCAAGGCUCGUGCUUAUCCCUCGGCUUCCGAGUGAGGGUCUGUCGCGGGUCUUGAAGCUGUGGUUGGUCGCUGCUGCGUGGUGCUGUACGCGAUCGAUGAGGGAAGUGAGCUUUGGUUUCCAGGAUGCCAUCUUCUCUUGCGCCCGGCUCAUGGUCGUCUCGAGGGUAUCGCGGACUUGUGGGGUGGCCGCUGCGGGGGAUAUGAACGAAGUGUACAGGAGACAGGAGUAGCCAGUGAGAUCAAGUGUGUUAUGUACGUGUUCCGGAAGUGAGGGUACUUGGAGCGUGUGCGG